AGAUGGCCACCUACCUGCGCUACGUGCGGCGGUUGGACUUCUUCGAGGUGCCCGACUACGACUACCUGAGGAAGCUGUUCCAGGACCUGUUCGACCGCAAGGGAUACGUGGCAGACGAGGAGUUCGACUGGACGGGACGCACCGCGUCAACACCAGUGAGCACGCUGCCGGCCAACACGGAGCCGAUCUUGUCUCCGAACCGAGAGCGGCACCUCACCACCAACAAGGGCGCUAAGACGACGGCGGCUGCGUGGCCCGACUCUCACCGGGCCUCCAGUAACAUGCUGGCCGGUAUGCUGACGCCGGCUGACCGGCACGGCUCCGUACAGGUGAUGAGUUCCACAAACGGUGAGCUGGGUGCCGAUGACCCAACGGCCGGCCAGAGCCAGACUCCGAUCGCCGUGCAGCCGGACGUUGACGUCGUCGACGAGACCAAGUACGUGUGUUGCUGCUUCUUCCGGCGGCGGAAGCGGAAGUCGCGCGGCCAGAAGUGACUGAUGUUGGUGCGAGGUCGGCGCCAGCAGGAGGCGGUCGCCAUUCUGCUGCCCUCCUCGCACUCAGCGUCGCGCGACUCGGCGCUCGACAAGUGACCGUCGGACCAGGGUCGCGCAGCGCACGCGGAGAGACUGUCAGGUGCGCGCCUGUCUGUGUGUAGAUGUGUGAGAGAGUUAGAACGACACGAGUGAGAGAACAUAAGGACAACACGUGAGUGAGAAGAGGAAGACACGUGAGCGAGAGGAGCACGAGGACAACACACGAGUGAGAGGAGGCCGAGUGAGAGCGUCUGCGCGCGGGCGGACGGCGGCCGGCCAGCCCGCGCUGAGCAUCUGUACAUACGGCCGACUGACAGCUCACUGCUACCUGUGAUUUCGUUUCAUUUCUCUCGCGCCCAGUUCCAGCGGCUGUGCGGGACUGGCGGGCGGCGUGUCAGCCGAUAUUAUCGAUUGUUGCCUGCCACCGGGCGUGCCAUUGUAUUUGUACGUAUUCCUAGACGCGAGACAGUGAUUUUAUUUAAUUCUGAAUAAAGUGCAUACACUAA